UGAAAUCAGUCAGGAAGAUUUUGCCACCGUAGCAGCUCUCUCACUGUCGCACUUGUUUAUUAUUUAAGGAGAACUUUCAGUAGCAGGCGAGCAGCACCACAGCCCACUGGAAGAAGUCAUGGCCCGUCUGGUAGCAGUUUGCAGGGAAGGAGAGGAGGACUACCCAUUUCUCGCCAGACAGAUUCCUCUGUAUAUCGAUGAUUCUCUCACGAUGGUGAUGGCAUUUUCUGAUAGUGUCAUGGAUGUUGACAGCCAAGAAAUAAACACGUCUCAUUGGAAACAAUUUUCUGAGGAUCACUCCAAGUUGAAGCAACAGGACUUGAAUAUUGCCUUGAUGGUGACUUCCAGAGAGGUGUACAGUGCAUUAUCUCAGCUGGUGCCAUGCGUGGGCUGCAGACGAAGUGUGGAGCACCUUUUCUCACAUUUAGUGGAAUCUGGGAACCCAGCCCUGGAGCCCCUCACUGUGAAACCCACAGGCAUGCUCUCUGUCACCAAAGCAUGUUUAGCAGACGUAAAGAAGCUGUACACCCUCUUCUACGUCCACGGGUCAAAGUUGAAUGACAUGAUUGAUGCCAUUCCAAAAAGUAAAAAGAACAAACGCUGCCAGUUGCACUCCUUAGAAACACACAAACCUAAACCUUUGGGGGGAAGCUGGAUGGAUGUGUGGGAGCUGAUGUCUCAGGAGUGCAGGGAUGAGGUGGUCCUCAUUGAUAGCGCUUGCCUCUUAGAGACACUGGAGACAUACUUGCGUAAACACAGGUUCUGCACUGACUGUAAGAACAAAGUGCUGAGGGCCUACAACAUCCUGGUCGGGGAGUUGGACUGCACUAAAGAGAAGGGGUAUUGCGCCGCCUUGUACGAGGGACUAUGCUGUUGCCCCCACGAACGCCACAUCCACGUGUGCUGCGAGACCGACUUCAUCGCUCACCUCCUCGGCCGGGCUGAGCCUGAGUUCUCGGGAAGCUACGAACGCAGAGAAAGACAUGCCAAGACUAUUGACAUUGCACAAGAAGAAGUCCUGACCUGUCUGGGUAUUCACCUGUAUGAGCGGCUGCACAGGAUCUGGCAGAAACUAAGAGCAGAGGAGCAGACCUGGCAGAUAUUGUUCCAUUUGGGGAUUGAUGCACUACGUAAACAUUUUGAGAUGGCUGUGGAGAAGAUGCAGGGGAUCAGUCGGCUGGAGCAGUUUGUGGAGGAGCUGUCAGAGGAGGAGAGGGCCAAAGAGCUGAAGCAGGAGAAGAAGAGGCUAAAGCGGAAAAAUCGUCGCAAAAACAAGUGUGGCUUUGAGAUCUCUGAGCAGGAGGGAGAGGACAAGGAGAAAACUCUGGAUGAGGGUUCACUCGAGGCCGUUGAGGAUGCUUGCAAAGUCUGUGGUAGCCACAAUGAGGAGGAGGAGACCGGAUGUGAUCAGAGUGUGGCUGCCAAUGGAAGCACUUCCUGUAUCUGCCCAGACAACACAAAACAGGAUGUGGCUCCCCACAGCAAUGGUAGUGACUGCGGCUACUCCUCCAGUAUGGAGGGCAGUGAGACAGGAUCGCGAGUGGGUUCUGAUAUUGCCUGCUCUGAGGGAAUAUGCAACCAUGACGAAACAGGAGAUGACUCAAAUGCUCACCACUGUGCUAAAGAAAAGGAGGAGGAUGGAAUAGACAGCUGUGUGGACUGCUGGCCACACUCUGUGGAAAACCCUCAAUGCAAGAGUAAAAAGAAGAAAAGGAAGGGCAAGGGUUUAUGCAAUGACCAGGGACAAAAAGAUGACGGUUCUUUGUCAGAAGAGAUCACAGGCCACAGUCAACCAACAUCACACACUUGCCGUACCAAAGAAAUCUUUUCCUCCUUAUGUGGCGGCCCAUUUGCCAGCCUUGCACUACAGUUACCGUGGGCAAUACAUCACAAUAACCUCAGGCACGAUGCAAGGCAUCCAGAGGCAAACACAAGUCUCGUGGAACUUCUGGAUCAUUCAGAAGUGGCUUCAGAUGAAGAGAGUUGUCUGACACAGGAUGAAAUCAAGGCAUUUUUUGAAAGAAACAAGUCCUUCUACAACAACCGCGACCGUUACCGACAGCUCCUGAAAGAGAAGUUCACCAACUACUGCCGCGCCACUGAGAGGAGCAAGCCAGUCUGUGGGAAGUGGUUCACCACCACCAGUGUCAACUAACUGCACUAAUGGCAUCUUUGCUGGGAAAAACACUUGUGACCACUGCUGCAACAUCUUUCAAAAAAUAGAUACAAUUCGGAAGUAAAUUUGAUGUCUUGUUCGGUCAUUUCUUCUUUAAAGUGAAUUUGAUUCUUACUUUCUGUUGAUCAUCUCUCUAUUUUGCACUUAUACACUUUUCCAUCUCAUUGUGUCACUGGUAAUUGUUUUCUAUGACCAAGCCUAGCUGUUUGUUGUUGGUCUUGUGUAGGGUUGUUGGGUAGGUGCACAGUGGAAUCACUAAUCAGGCUGUUCAAGCUGUGACAUUAGGGAUACAUUUUAGGAGUCUUAUUUCAUGUUUUUCUUUUCUUUUUCCUAUUUUGUUUCUCUCUGGUGACACUUCAGUGUAGUGGUAAAGGUUGUACCAUUAAAUGUGUACAGACAUUCUGAAUAUAAAUGAUUUUACAGAGAAUAAACAUCCAUUUGUAUUAAAGAUGUGGGUGUGAUAAGAGCGCAAUGUGAAAGAUUUACUAAAUAAAGAAUAUUUAUUAAUAUGCAUUA